UCUCCCUUGCUGAAAGUUUAUCUCUCCUCUGCUGCUCCUCGGCGUUGCACGGCGGCCGCUGAUCCCUAACCUCUACUGCUGCCGCCCCCGUCUCUCCCUUCACCGUCGGCCUUCUCUGAGGAUCCCUAAGGAGCUCCCGAUCCUCGCGGGCUUCAACUGCUCCCACCUUGUCUUCGACCUCGACUGUCAUUUGCCACUGGUUCCCGCCAUGCAAGCCAUCUCCAGAGCACGGAGAUUGCAGAGCCUUCUCAAAACCUCACUUCGUCCCAGCUCGGCGCGACUAGGCUGUCUUAAUGACGGUGGAAUCAUCCAGUCCUCUUGCGGCGACCCGCAGCAAAUUUCCAGAUACCAGAGCUCGUACUCUGCUCUCGGCUCCCUCCGCUUCUCAGGGCUAGUUCAAGACAAUGGCUUGGGAGCGGCACGCCAUUUGAUUAUACCGAGCGCAUCAUAUUCUUCCAGUGCGAGCACAGACGCUGAUGGCCCCAGAGAUACUGUGAAAGAAUUGCACGAGAAAAUUCUCGAGUCCGUAAAUACGAAGAGAACCAUGGCUCCAAAUGCUUGGACGUGGUCUAUGAUCGAUAACUGUAGAAACCCCGAGGAUAUUAAGCUUCUCUUUGAUGCAUUGGAAAAGCUCAGAAGAUUUAGACUGUCAAAUCUUCGUAUUCAUGAAAACUUCAACUGCCACCUUUGCCGAGAAGUUGCAAAAGCAUGCGUCCGUGUCGGUGCUCUCGAUUUUGCAAAGAAGACUCUGUGGAAGCAUAACGUGUAUGGUUUGACUCCGUCUAUUGCAUCAGCACACCACUUACUGUCACAUGCAAAGCAGCACAAUGAUGCUAAACUUUUGGAGGAAGUAAUGAAACUUGUGAAAAGGAAUGAUUUGCCAUUGCAGCCUGGUACAGCAGAUAUUGUUUUCAGCAUAUGCUAUAACACAAAUAACUGGGAUUUGCUGGCUAAGUAUUCUAAAAGAUUUGUCAAGGCUGGGGUGAAAUUGCAUAGAGCGGCUUUUGACAUAUGGAUGAAUUUCGCUGCUAAAAGAGGAGAUGUUCAGUCCCUCUGGAAAAUUGAGGAGUUAAGAUCCCAGUCCACGAAGCAGCAUACCCCUGGAACGGCAAUUGCAUGUGCUAAGGGUCUUCUACUAGAAGGCAAACCUGAUGAAGCUGCUGCUAUUGUUCAUGCCAUAAAUGAGAGUCUACCUGACACGAAGCAAGGAAGCAUUGUGGUUGAACUUCAAAAGCUCGUGAGUGAGUGGCCUUUGGAAGUUAUCAAGCACCAAAAACCUGAGGAUCGCAAGGCAUUGGCAGCUGCUUUGAAAUCCCAUAUCCCAGCCAUGGUCAACAGUCUACUGAACACAACUGGCCUUCAGGUGACUGUUAACAUGGAAGAUUUAAUCAAGGCUGAGGAAAUUUCUGCCUGAGGGGAUCAAAUUUUUGGUCUAGCGCACAAGCAUGCCGAGCAAAAUAUAAUGUAACCCCAGAGUUCAGGUCAGUGCAUUCUAACCCAGAAUCUGGCAAUCUGCAUCCAAGAAGCUAGAUAAAUUGUACUAUCAAGUCAUAUUUGGAAGCAGGUUCAUUUUGCUUGGUAGAAUAAAUUCAAUCUCUUCCGCCUCAGGAAAUAUAUCUUGAUCAUGUUUCCUGCAUAGAUUCAGUGUCCACUCUAGAAGAGAUUCUGGAAUUAUUUGUUCCUGUUGAUUGAGGCAAUUUUAAAUUAGAGUUUCUAUUUUUGAUCAUCAUC